AUGCGUAAUCAGAGAGGACAAUCUCAAACAGAUCAAUCAAAAAAUGAUGGAAAGUGGAAGGUAGAAGAAGGAUCUAAAGGAGGAGAAGGAAAAAAGCAAAAGUCAGAGCCACAACAGGACAUGAACAAAUCCAAGACUACCUUGACGCAAAAGUUCCAAGCUUAUGCUCCACCAGAUACAACAAGGGCCUACACACCCUUGAAUACGAUAGUGGCACAUAUUUUAAUGCAGAUUCAACAUCAGAAUUUACUGACUCCUCCAGCCCCUAUGAAGGGAGAUCCUAACAAGAGGGAUAAAAGUAAAUAUUGUUACUUCCAUAAGGACCAUGGCCAUGAAACCUCAAGUUGCUUUCAAUUAAAAGGACAGAUUGAGGCACUCAUUCAACAAGGCCAGUUGCAGGAGUUUGUGGACAGAGUGAUAGCAGAGAGAAGAAUUGCACUCUCGACAACAAUGAGAAAACAAACAGCGGUCGCACAGGGAAUAAAUACAAUAGAUGGGAAUAAUUCUACAUUGAAUGAGGUCAGGACAAUUUUCAAAGGACCAGAAACCGGUGAUUCCAUUCGGGCUCGGAACCUGUAUGCUCGAGAAGCUAAAGGUCUCGAUUGUGUCCAAUUUGUAAAUAUGACGAAACAUGCCGCAAAAUUUGCAAAGAUGGAGAACAUCACCAUAACCUUCACAGAGGAGGAGGCAAGGAAGUUGCUUCAUCCACAUAACGAUGCCAUAGUUGUGUCUUUGCAAGUGGCAAAUAGCUUAGUCCACCAGAUUUUGAUCGACAAUGGGAGUUCGGCAAAUAUACUAUUCAAGGAUGCUUUAACCAAGAUCAACCUAGGUGGAGCAAAGUUAACACCUGUGAACACCCCACUCCAAGGCUUUACUGGAGCAUGCAUCCAUACUGAAGGAAUGAUAACACUCCCAGUUACCAUGAGAGAAGGGGACACUAAGGUGACAAGAAUGGUAAAUUUUUUGGUUGUGGACCAACCAUCUGCUUACAAUGUCAUCAUAGGGCACCCGACUUUGAAUGCCAUGAGAGCAGUAACGUCAACAUAUCAUCUGAUGUUGAAAUUUCCGACGGAAAAUGGUGUUAGAGUAGUGCUUGGCAAUCAACAAGAGGCUCGCAUUUGCUAUGUAAAAGCAACCAAUGGGAAGGUUGAAUUGAAAGGAAGGGAAGUCUAG